AUGCUGCGGCAGCAUUUGAUCCGGUCGCUCAAGAGGCCUCAGCGACCGACGUGCCUCAAUGGCUCCCGGGCAUUUGCUGCGUCGGCUCCCCGGCCUGCAGAGGUCGAGCUCACAAUCGAUGGCAAGAAAGUGUCGAUAGAAGCUGGCUCCGCGCUGAUCCAGGCUUGCGAGAAGGCGGGGGUGACAGUCCCGAGAUACUGCUACCACGAGAAGCUCAUGAUUGCCGGUAACUGCAGAAUGUGUCUGGUGGAGGUCGAGAGAGCGCCGAAGCCUGUCGCAUCCUGCGCCUGGCCCGUACAGCCAGGCAUGGUCGUCAAGACGAACUCUCCUCUCACACACAAAGCUAGGGAAGGUGUCAUGGAGUUCCUACUCGCCAAUCACCCUCUCGACUGUCCCAUCUGCGACCAGGGAGGAGAGUGUGAUUUGCAAGAUCAAUCCAUGCGGUACGGAGCGGACAGAGGGCGUUUCCACGAAAUCGGCGGCAAGCGCGCGGUCGAAGACAAGAACAUCGGGCCUCUCGUGAAGACUUCUAUGAACAGAUGUAUCCACUGCACGAGGUGUGUUCGGUUCGCAAAUGACAUCGCUGGUGCUCCCGAGCUCGGCUCUACCGGCCGUGGAAACGACCUGCAGAUUGGAACCUAUCUCGAAACCGCCCUCGAUACCGAACUCUCCGGCAACGUCAUUGAUCUCUGUCCUGUCGGCGCCCUUACUUCAAAACCAUACGCGUUCAAGGCUCGUCCAUGGGAGCUAUAUCACACGGAAACAAUAGACGUAAUGAACGGUCUCGGCUCAAACAUCCGGGUUGACGCAAGAGGCAUGCAAGUGCUUAGGAUUCUCCCACGACUGAAUGAUGAUAUCAACGAGGAAUGGAUUGACGACAAAUCAAGAUUCGCUUGCGACGCGCUCAGCACUCAGAGACUGACGAACCCGCUCAUUCGACGGGACGACCAGUUCCUCCCGGCCACAUGGGAGCAAGCGCUGGUUGAGAUUAGCGACAAGUUCCAGCAGUUGUCACCAAAGGGCCACGAGUUCAAGGCUAUUGCUGGGCAACUGGUCGAGACCGAAGCACUUGUGGCGAUGAAGGACCUGGUCAACAAGCUAGGAUCUGAAAAUCUGGCCCAGGAUUACGUUCAAGGCAGCCAACCGCCAGCUCACGGAAUCGACGUCCGAUCCAACUACGUCUUCAAUUCGAAGAUCACCGGUGUUGAAGAGGCCGAUGCGAUACUACUGAUUGGCACAAACCCGAGGCACGAGGCAGCCGUCCUGAACGCUCGCAUCCGAAAGCAAUGGCUACGAUCGGAUCUUGAAGUCGGGCUUGUAGGAGAGGAUUUCGAGAGCACAUUCGAUUAUGAGAACCUUGGCUCGAAUGCCGCAGACAUCAAGUCUGUGCUGUCGGGACCCUUUGGCAAGAAGCUGCAGUCGGCCAAGAACCCUAUGAUUAUUGUCGGAAGUGCUGCUGUUGAGCAUCCGGACGCAAAGGCCAUCUUCGAGACGGUCGGCUCGUUCGUCGAGAAGAGCAAAGCCAACUUCUUGACUCCGGAGUGGAAUGGCUACAACAUCCUGCAGCGUGAUGCAUCUCGCACGGGUGCAUAUGAAGUCGGAUUUGCUGUCCCAUCAGCUGAGGUCGCCAACACCAAGGCUAAGGUUAUUUGGCUGCUUGGUGCUGACGGGAUCAGCGAGGCCGACAUCCCCAAGGACGCAUUCGUCAUCUACCAAGGCCACCACGGUGACAAGGGUGCUCAACUCGCCGACGUCGUCCUUCCUGCGGCUGCCUAUACAGAGAAGUCUGUUACCUACGUCAACACCGAGGGGCGUGUGCAAGUUACUCGAAAUGCUGUUUCUCUCCCUGGUGCAGCUCGUGAUGACUGGAAGAUUAUCCGCGCAGCUUCCGAGUUCCUUGGUGCUCCCCUACCUUACGAUGACAUCGAGGCCUUGAGGGAUCGCAUGGAGGAGAUUUCCCCUGCGCUGCGGAUGUACGACGUGGUCGAGAAGCCAAGUGAAACCGUAGGAGCACUGAGCAAGGUCCAGCUCGUCGAUAUGAACAAGGGUGCCAAGACUGGCAACACCCCUUUCAAGAAGCCCAUCGAGAACUUUUACUUUACAGACGCCAUAUCGAGAAACUCGCCGACCAUGGCACGAUGCUCUGCCGCAAAGGCAACGAAGAACCCAAAGACCAACUUCCUAGCUCAGGGUUAUCCAGACCCGCAAGCACACUACGGACCAAUCGAGGGUGGUCUAACGGCAACUGCAUAG